AUGCACGCUUUGUCUCUUGGCAUCCUCGCCCUGCAGACGGCCUCUGCCGUCCUGGGCAACCCGCUCCCGCAGACGGAUGCCGGCGCCAUCGCCGCUGCUGAGGGCGUUGACGAGUUGGCAGCCCUUGCCCGUUCUGCCUACGAAAAGACCGAGGAGCUGCUCAACAGCGGCGACCUCCAGAAGCGUGGGAGUACCUGCAACCUGGGAAAUAUCAAAAUCCGUAAGGAGUGGGGAUCUCUCAGCAAGAGAGAAAGACUCGACUACGUCAAGGCAGUUCAGUGUCUCUCCUCCAAGCCCGCACGCACUCCCUCCGAGGUGGUUCCCGGUGCGAAGACUCGGUUCGAUGACUUCGUUGCCACCCACAUCAACCAGACUUUCACCAUCCACGCGACGGGAACCUUCCUGUCUUGGCACAGACAAUUCACCUGGCUUUAUGAGGAGGCGCUGAGAGAAGAGUGUGGUUACACCGGUACCCAGCCGUACUGGGACUGGACCAAGUCUGCCAUCACAGGACUCGAGAAGUCGCCCAUCUUCGACGGCAGUGAAACCUCAAUCUCCGGCGACGGAGAGUUCAUCGACAACAAGGGCGAUCUCAUCCUUACCGAUGGCGACGGCAACGAGAUAACCCGUCUCCCAACCGGUACCGGUGGCGGCUGUGUCAAGUCUGGCCCCUUCAAAAACUUCACCGUCAACCUGGGGCCUGUUGCCCUGGCCCUCCCUGGAGGCGGCAGUGAGAUGAAUCCCGAGGGAUUGUUCGCAUACAACCCCCGCUGUCUCAAGCGUGACCUGACAACCGAGAUCAACCGCCGGUACUGCAACGCCACGGCCGUGAUCCGCAACAUUGUCAACCCCCGCGACAUUGCAUCCUUCCAGGACAUGAUGCAAGGUCUCUCCGCGCCCGCAAACAUGCUUGGAAUCCACGGGGGAGGCCACUACUCUUUCGGAGGUGACCCGGCUCGCGACUUCUUCACCAGCCCCGGCGACCCCGUCUUCUACCUCCAUCAUGCCAUGAUUGACCGCGUUUGGUGGAUGUGGCAGAUGCUUUCCCCUUACGACCGCCAGUUCACCGACAAGGCCCUUGCCGGUACCAACACUUUCAUGAACCUCCCGCCUAGCGCCAACACUACCUUUGAAGACAUCCUCGAGUAUGGCUACACUACUGAUACCAAACUCAAGGUUGGCGAUGCUUUGAGCACGGUCGCCGGUCCCUACUGCUACAUUUACCUUUGA